AGGAACAAAAUCAUGCGAGGCGUUUUGAUUUUUAUGUGUGUCAUCGUGACAAUCAGUGCUCUUUCUGAUAAACAAAUUGCACAGGAAUGGAUUAAAUUCAAAGAAAAUCACAACAAAGUAUACCUAAACAUUGUCGAAGAAAAAACCCGCUUUGAACAUUUUAAAACAAACUUGUAUAAAAUUCACAGCCACAACAAAAAGUAUGCCCAAGGAGAAGUGUCAUGGUACAUGAAAGUCAACCAAUUUGCAGAUUUUUCUCAAGCUGAAUUUAAACAUAGGUUAAACUUACAAAAGUCAAUGAGACCAGUAGCAACCAACGUAACGUACUACCGAUUCCCUAGCGGUUUACAUGCUCCAAAUGCUAUAGACUGGAGACAACAAAAUGCUGUACGUGAAGUUAAAAAUCAAGGAAAUUGCGGAGAUUGUUGGGCAUUCAGUGCUACAGGAUCGCUAGAAGGCCAAUUUGCUCUUAAAAGAAACAACCCUGUGUCUCUUAGUGAGCAACAACUGUUAGACUGUUCUUCAUCCUACGGAAAUGGAAACUGCGACGAAGGUGGCAGCAUGGGUCUUGCUUUUGACUAUAUACGCGAUAAUGGAAUUAUGGCUACUGACGCUUAUCCAUACGAAGGACAGCAAAGUUACUGUAGAUACGAUUCCAACAGAAUUGUUGGUAAAAUCAGUGGUCAAGUACACGUUGAGAGAUUGAACGAAUGGGCCCUAGUAGAAGCUGUCGGAACCCUUGGUCCAAUUUCUGUUGGAGUACAUGCUGAUUUUGAUUUCUACGGAGGAGGAGUUUUUGAUAAACAAGGAUGUCCCAAUGGUGACGGCGAUCUGAACCACGGCAUGUUAGCAGUAGGUUAUGGAAAUGAAAAUGGAGUUGACUAUUGGAUCGUUAAAAACUCAUGGGGACAAGAAUGGGGAGAGCAAGGAUUUAUUAGGAUGAGAAGAGGUAUCAAUCUUUGCGGAAUUGCUAUCGAUCCACUAUAUCCAGUUUUGUGAGGUUGGCGUUAAGGAAAAAUACUUAUAAAAUAAUUAAAAAUAAAAUAAAUAAAAUAUAUUUUU